AUGAUCCUCAGCCUGAUUUCCACCUUAAGCAUCUGCUGCAUCACUGGGGUCGUUGCUCCGGGGUCGGACCGGCAGGCCGUGAGGGUCCGGCCGGGCGGGGACGCCACGCUGCUGUGCUCAAACUUCUCCAGCAGGCCGACCCAGAUCGUGUGGUUCUGGGUGGGCAGGGCCCGGCCCGUCUGCCUGGCCUUCCUGUUCAGCGCCUCCUCGCCCGCCUCAGGCUGUGGCCUCACAGACCAGCGCCUGGACAUGAGCUCCAACGGCUCCACCCUCUUCCUGAGGAUCAGACGGGCCCGGGAGUCAGACUCCAGGCUCCACUUCUGCGGGCAUUAUCUGAGCGAAUCCCCGGUGAUUCGCAGCGCAACGUACUUGGAGGUUGAAGCGGAAAACCCCCCGCUGAGGAGGCCCAUGUGUGGACUUCUGGGUGGCCUCAGCCUUCUCCUCGCCAUGGUCAUCGCCAGUCUGGUCUUUAAAAUGAAUAAGCUGCGAACAGAGCUGAACGCGCAAAGGGCAAAGGGCUCUCAGUCGGAGGAUGUGACCUACUCUGCACUGCAUAUUUUUGAUUAA